ACUCAAGAUUUCCCCAUCCUGACUUGAAAGAACACUGGACACCUCUGUUACUGUGAACCAGUUUGGGGAGUUCCCAGUGCCCAAGACAGAGAGCAUGAAGUAACUCAUUGGGCAGGAAAGCAGCAUUCAAACAAGACAGAUCUCUCCAGCUGGAGCUAUAGCAGCAGCAACGAGCAGCAGCUUUCUAGAUAGUCAAAAGGCAAGUGUGCUACAUAAAAAGGGAAGGGAGAGGACCAGGUUGAGAGGAAAUGAAUAGUGACAUAUGGAAUGGAAAUCUGCACCAGAGUUUUAUAUUUCUACCUCGUUAUUCUGUUCUGUAAUGGAGAAGAUGAAUUUCAACAUCCAGGUGAUGAGAUCUAUGUGCCUACCACAACCUCAAACUGCUCAUCAUUACUUGAGUCUCAUACUCCAAAAAGAGUCCUUGAUUUUUUUCACGUCAUUAAACAACUAACCAGUAGCAAGGGGGCUGCUCGUAGUAAUCCAGAAGUUGUAAAUUCAUCACAUCAUCAGAACUUUCAAGACGAGCCAACAGCUGUUUUAUUUAAUAGUCGACCACAGGAAAUAUCAGGUCAAAACUCACCUCUGAAACUGUCACAAAAGGUUGCAACAGUUGAUUCUCCACAAACUGAACAAUCCUUGCAGAACACAACAGGGCUUCCAGUGCUAGCAGAGAAGCAGCAAGGAAACAAGUGGCUUUUAAAUGUCAAUCCAAUGUUGAAGCACCGUGUUCUGGAUCACAAAAGACAAGCUAGAAGGGAAACUGAAUUUCUGCCUUCUGCACUAAGGGGCGAUAAUGGCUGCGGGAUCCUGGUGAAGGGAGUGCUUAAUCUAUCACACAGAGAACUAUCUGGCAGCAACCUGAAAGAGAAAAUGGAUUCUUGCAAUGCUACAAUGGACAAAAUUAGAGAGCUUAAUGCCAGUCACAACCAUCUGAACAUUGAUCUCACAGCCCUAAUUUCACUCCUCCUUGAAAUGAAGAACAUGCACUCUGUUGAUGUGAGUUACAACAAAAUAACUAACAGUGCUACUCACAGAAGUGAGAUGUGUAAUUUGGAGCCCAGCAAGCUUUUGUUUUUAAACCUUAGCCACAACCCACUCAACACUUUGGACAAGCUGUGUCUCCCUUCAACUCUCAAAAGUAUUGAUUUGUCUUUCACACGUAUUAACAAAAUACCAAAGGAGUUUGGGAGGGGAAAUUUUCACUUAGAAGAGAUAUACAUUCAAGGAAACCAUUUUAUAUACAAACCUCAAGCACAUGGCCCGGGCUUUUUUCUUCAACACUUAAGAACAAAACAGGCAGUGUACCAUCCAGAAGUUGUUUCUCGUAUUGAUGUCCCACAGACUCCCAUUCAAAGUCUCCCCCAGCAGGUAAAGCGUCUACAAAUGUCAAAUUGUUCUAUUGUAGAGCUUCCAAAAUGGUUUGCAAACAAAAUGGAGAAACUUCUUUUUCUAGACAUUAGUAAUAACCCUAUGCUUUCAUUCCCCCAGUUGCCAGCUUCCUUGCAGCACCUCGAUUUAAGCAACAGUAACAUCGAAAGUUUAAUUGAUAUCAGCCAUUUCUCCAAUUUAACAGUGUUACACAUUCAAAACAAUAAAAUGAGAGGUCGUUUCCCAUCUGAGCAUCUUCCACUCUCACUGAAAGAACUUGAUGUUAGUAAAAAUAACCUACACGUGUUCCCACUCCAGGAAGCACAGCAAAAAAUAGAAUCCCUAAAUGUUUCUAGAAAUCUAGUAACAGAGCUGUAUCUGAGCAUUUCUUUCUCCUCCCUCACCCACCUAGAUAUGAGCCACAAUAUAAUUACAGAGCUGUUGGAUCACACAGGAAAAUUUCUGCCUGCACUGAAAUAUUUUAAUUUGUCUGGAAACAAAAUUUCUGUUCUGCAACCAGGGUCUCUUCCUCAAUCAUUGCUUGAAUUGGACAUAAGCAACAACGCUAUUACCAUACUCAUGAAAGAGACAUUUAAGCAUUUAAAAAAUCUGCAAGUUUUGACUAUCCAGGGAAAACAUUUUUUUUGCAACUGUGACUUGUACUGGUUUGUAAACACAUAUCUGUCUAGCUCACAAGUGCAGAUAAAUGGCAAAGAAGACAUGUUGUGCAGCUACCCUCCUGGUAAAUGGGGUCUUUUGGUUGAACACAGUAACCUAACACUAUUCAAUUGUUCUCUUGGCUUUCAAAUGGGAAUUACAGCCUGUGUGGCCAUCUUGGUUAUAUCCACCAUCAUGACACUUUGCUGGCACUUUGAUGGACCCUGGUAUAUAAAGAUGGGUUGGUAUUGGUGCGUGGCUAAGAAGAAACAAUACGAAAAGAGACCACAACACAAACCAUAUGAUGCAUUCAUUUCAUACAGUGAAGAUGAUGCACCGUGGAUUAAAGGAACUCUGCUGGAAAAGCUGGAAACAAGUGGGUUUAAGGUAUGUUACCAUGAGAGAGACUUCAAGCCAGGGCAUCCAGUUCUUGGGAACAUUUUCUAUUGCAUUGAGAACAGCCACAAAGUUCUUUUUGUGCUGUCACCUAGUUUUGUCAACAGUUGCUGGUGCCAGUAUGAGCUGUACUUUGCUGAACAUCGGGUCCUUAAUGAAAAUCAAGAUUCUCUCAUUAUGGUUGUACUGGAAGAGCUCCCACCCAACAGCAUUCCACAGAAAUUCAGCAAGCUUAGAAAGUUAUUGAAAAGGAAAACCUACUUAAAAUGGAGCCCAGAGGAACACAAACAAAAGCUCUUCUGGCACCAGUUGACUGCUGUGCUGAAAACUGUCAAUGAGGCAAUGGUUUUGACAUCAGAAAAUGAGCUGCACUUGGAAAAUGGAGACAGAUAUGGAAUUUAAGUUCCAUGAAAGAUGAACAUGAACUUUUACAAUCAAUAUGAACUUUUGCUGAAAGUCUCAGCCCAGAUGAUAAUAGUGUUGAAGCAUUAAUUUAUUGAAAUAGUA